UCUCUGUUACUCACUCAGACAACAACUUUGAUAGUAGAGCCCAAACACACACAAAUGGCGUCUUCUCUACCUACAUUCUCCAGAGCCUUGCCUUCCUCAUCAAGCAAAACUUCUCCCUCCUUCAUUCCCUUCCGAUCUCCUUCCCUCAAAAUCACCAGUUCCGCUUCCUUCCUCCCGUCAUCUAUCUCCCUCUCUUCACGUCGCGCAUCCUUCAUCAUCCCACGUGCCACUGCCUCUUCCUCCGAGGGAUCCGACUCGCUAGCCAAAACCACCUUCCACGGUCUAUGCUUCGUCUUGAAAGACAACAUAGACACCGACCAGAUCAUCCCAGCAGACAAAGCAUGCAUCUUCCCUUCCAACCAGCAAGAGCGUGACGAGAUCGGCUCUAACGCCCUCUCCGGUCUACCAGACUCCCACAAACCCCGCUUCGUUGAGCCAGGAGAGAUCAAAUCUAAAUACUCCAUCAUAGUCGCCGGUGAGAACUUUGGUUGCGGGUCGUCACGUGAACAUGCUCCUGUCUGUCUAGGAGCAGCAGGAGCUAAAGCCGUUGUUGCUCAGACUUACGCAAGGAUCUUUUUCCGUAACUCGGUGGCUACGGGAGAGGUGUUUCCCCUCGAGUCAGAGGUUAGAGUCUGCGACGAGUGUACGACAGGAGACACGGUGACGAUCGAGCUGAGGGAUAGUGGUGGUUUACUGACUAAUCACACGACUGGUAAGCAGUAUAAGCUGAAGGCGAUUGGUGAUGCAGGACCGGUUAUUGAUGCUGGUGGUAUCUUUGCUUAUGCGAGGAAGGUGGGAAUGAUUCCUUCUCCAUCAGUAGCUUAACUAUCUUCAUAAUUUAAUAUUGAUGUGUGUUCUUCCACGUUGUUAUUGUUGUUGUUGUUUUAUGUAAUGAAUAAGAAAUCUAAAGGCAAGAAGAAAACAUGUUCCAAGAAAAUGAUUGAGAAACAAUGUGUUUCAACUGAUCACAUGUGAAAAUGGGGUUGUUUGAUGUUAAAAUGAUGUAAGAUUUUUUUUUUGAAAGCAAAUGAUAUAAGAUUGUUACC